AUGAGCUUGAUUCUGCUCUAUACUACACCAGUUGGGACGGAAGCAGUCAUGUGGGCCUUGGACGGACAGGGUUUCCUUACUCAGUACACAAAGGUACACCGAGAGUUGUACAGUAAUUUCACAACCAGAAUUUUGCCAUUCUACAAGAACAUCACAGUUAACGUGAAGAGAGAGCUCCGGCACGGUGAUAAAAUCUUACUUGAGAUAUUCACGGCCACUCUCGAGAACGCAGUGCGAAAACUGGAAUGGAAUGACAUGGAAGUGAAGGUUGAUGGUCGGCAACUACACCAUUUGCGCAUUGCUGAUGACAUCGUUCUGAUAACAUCUAGUAUCAGUCAAGGUGAACGAAUUCCGACUGAGUUCGACGAAACAUGUUGA